UCUUCUCGGUCGCCUGCAAGUAAAUGCAAACAAAUAUAAUAAUUACACUCUCAUAAAAAUCACGCCAUAUGACCAUCAGCAGCUGGAGACGCUAAUGACGCUCACCAAUUCAGAUGACGUGGACAUAAUGAAACGCGGCCACGGGCUGAACGACAGUACUGAUGUGCUGGUGUCUCCUAAAGAUCGGAUGAAGAACCGAAUGUGGAGAAAAUCAAGAUCAAAAACAUGGAGAGAGGAGUGCUUUGGUGCAGAUAUCAAUCGGAAUUACGGCUUCAUGUGGGGUACUGGUGACGCCUCCUUCGAUCCCUGCAACUUCCAGACAUACGCCGGCGAAAAGGCCUUCUCUGAACCCGAGACGAGACUAGUUCGUAAAGUUAUGAAGGAAAACUCUAAACGUAUAAAGAUGUAUAUAUCUAUACACUCAUACGGAGAAUACGUCCUUCAUCCUUGGGGUUAUACAAAUACUAGUUUUCCAGAUGAACUGAAAAAGAUACGCAGUCUUGCACAAAAAUUUUCUAAGGCUGUUGUAAAAGCGGGAGGGCGGAAAUUUAAGAUUAUUAGUGCUGGGCAAUUGUAUCCGGCUGGCGGAGGAAGCUUUGACUACGCUUUUGCAGUGGAAAAGAUUAUAUAUUCGUAUGUUUUGGAAAUAACUAAUGGCUACGAAUUUAUCUUUCCAGAGAAGCUCUUGAGAACAGUUCUGCCACAGUAUUACAAGGGUUUAAAGAAAAUGGCUAAAAAAAUUCAACGGGAAUUCUCUAAUAAAGGCUGAAUAAAGUUAGACCACGAAGUCUGCAACGAUUUCAAUAGCACUCGCAGUGAAAGAAUGACAUACAAA